CGUCCACCCAAACCACUGCUCACCCACUGGACAAAGCACGGCGACGACAACGAUAACAACACCAACAACACCUACGCAAAUGAGAAUAUGGAACCAAGAAGGCCUCCAGAGUAUAUUCUAGAGGUCUUCGCCGACUCUGCCUGUGUCAAAGACGUCGUGAAAGCAAUCCUGCACACGAUCUUCUUCCACCGAUACUUCACCUCCAUAUCUCCCCUAACUCGCGACCUCCUCGAUCUGACUCUACCCGCCAUCGACGACGUUGAUCUGGAGACCUUGGUCGACCAGCGUACGGCUGCCCUGGUGCGCGCCAUUGAAAGCACCCACCAACAGCGAGGGAGAGGCCAGCUGGUCGUGCAAUUCUUCGAAAAGAAGAGAAAGCGAAACUACUUCUUCGGCAAGGCGGACGAGGAAGUGUGUUGGGAGCAGUGGACGUUGGAUGUGACGCUUGCAACGCCUAGGACUGAGACUGACGUUCUCAAGGUCCGCCGCGCAAUGGCCAAAUCCCUGCAAAAGGCUGCCCUCAAAAUCGUCAACAUUGUCAAUCAGUACAAAGACCAUAUUCCCCCGAUCACGACCACAGACCAGAAUCCUUUUCCGUAUCAAGUCGUUGUAAACCCCAAGACAGCAUCCGACACGUGGGGCCCUCGAAUGGGGAUUUUCUAGAGUGAAAAGCUAUACUUCGACAGAAAGAGAAGGAUCUCUCAAAGGAUGACACACCUGUAGCGAGUGUCAACCCAUGUACAUACACACGACAGCCGAGGAGAGCAGUGACGACGAAGUUUUGUGCUAAAAGUGGAGAUGUU